UCUCCCUGCUCCCUGCGCUCCCAACCGCCCGCGCCUGCUGCCAGGCAGCGGCUGGGAUGGCGAGCAGCGGAGGCGAGGCGGUGACGGGAGCAGCGGGUCCGCCAUUGGACGAGGAGGCCUGAGGGACGGGCCAGCGGUGCACAAGGAGAGACCGAGGCGGGUGGCCCCGAGAGAGCCAAGGCCAUGGAGGCCAACAUGUCGAAGCGGAAGGAGCCCGGCAGGUCUCUCCGCAUCAAAGUCAUCUCCAUGGGCAACGCCGAAGUGGGGAAAAGCUGUAUUAUAAAGCGAUACUGUGAGAAAAGAUUCGUGUCUAAAUACCUGGCAACAAUUGGAAUUGACUAUGGAGUUACAAAGGUACACGUCAGAGACAGAGAAAUCAAAGUUAACAUCUUUGAUAUGGCUGGACAUCCCUUCUUCUAUGAGGUUCGAAAUGAGUUUUACAAGGACACACAGGGUGUGAUACUGGUCUAUGAUGUUGGGCAGAAAGACUCCUUUGACGCCCUUGAUGCGUGGCUGGCAGAAAUGAAGCAAGAGCUUGGACCUCAUGGAAACAUGGAAAAUAUUAUAUUUGUAGUUUGUGCCAACAAGAUUGAUUGUACCAAACACCGCUGUGUAGAUGAAAGUGAAGGACGUCUUUGGGCUGAAAGCAAAGGGUUCCUGUACUUUGAAACUUCAGCACAAACUGGAGAAGGCAUUAAUGAGAUGUUCCAGACCUUUUAUGUAUCCAUAGUUGAUUUAUGUGAAAAUGGCGGGAAACGCCCUACCACAAAUAGCAGUGCUAGUUUCACCAAAGAACAAGCAGAUGCCAUUCGCAGAAUUCGAAAUAGUAAAGACAGUUGGGACAUGCUGGGAGUCAAACCUGGGGCGUCAAGGGAUGAAGUCAAUAAAGCGUAUCGGAAACUUGCUGUGCUGCUUCACCCUGACAAAUGUGUAGCACCUGGCAGUGAAGAUGCCUUCAAAGCAGUUGUGAAUGCUCGGACAGCCCUCCUGAAAAACAUCAAGUAGAAAGUAGAGAAAAAAGCCACGUGUGGGACUCAAAUGCAAACAGACUUUCCCUAGAGGUGAAAUAACCAACAUGGAGUUUUCCUUCCCAGAAUCUCACUGCUCUUUUCAUUCAUGUGUUGUCAUUUGUAUAUCAGUAAUUCAGGUGCCCAUUUCAUAGACAUUUUACUGAGAAAUGACCUGCAUUUGUAUGAAGUGAAGAGAACUGAGCGUCGCUUACUUCAUUUCAUAUUUCUAGAUAAUCUGAAUUUUUUUCUCAUUCGUCAGCUCUGUAAUUAUAGUAUCCCUUAGACAUUUCACUUGGGGAAAUCCACGAGGUUCCUGGAGGGACGGAAGAGAGGACAAGAGGACCCUUUCACUUUUUGUUUUUUACUGAAUUCCUCAUCAGAGAAGAAAAUAACAAAAAUGGAAGCAAACAACAUCAGAAUCCCUGUAAGUUUGGUGUGACCUUACAGAGAAGUUGCUGCUUUUACGAUGAGUUCCUUAGGUGAUAUUUUAACCAUCGAUCUAUAAUGAUGACUCUUGGCAGCCCUUUGGGAGUUUGUAAAAUGAGGUGAUACAGUUCUGAAUUGAGCAAUCCUUUCUGAUAUUCACUCUGUUCCUCUUCUGCAGCCACCAGGGGGAGAGACAAGCCAGUCCUAAGAGAAAAGGUGGUGGUAGCCACAAAUUCUAGGUACACUAGCUGCUGCUCAUCCUGUCCCUGGAUCUGAGGCCUUUCCCUUGCCAUAGAAAUGGUUGCUGGUAGCAGUAGAGAGCAUUGUGCACCUGGGAAUGAGGAAUCAGACCCCAAGACAGAAGUACUUGCAGGAGCUAGGUGCAGUAGUAUCUGUCUGUAGUCCCAGCUACUCAGGAGGCUGAGACAGGAGGAUUGCUUGAGCCCAGGAGCUCAAGUCCCACCUGGGCAACAUAGUAACACCUUGUGUCUUUAAAAAAAACAAAAACAAAAACAAAACAAAACAAAACCAGAUACUUACAAGUCGCACUUGAAGAUUAUGCACAUCGGCAGAGGAAAAGGCCAGCCAAGCUCAGGGCAAGCUUGAUGCAGUAGGAGAGACUCCCCGUGAGGCUUAGCCCUUGUCUUAUUGCCAGCCUUUGCCACAGGCAGGUGAGAAAGGCAGGGCCACUCCUCAGCAAAGCUGGCCUCUUCUGCACUUCCUCACCAGUGUUGUUUCUUCCUUUUUUCCCCUCUUCCCCUUCCCCUCUUGUGUUUUUUCUGAACCCCACAUCUGCCAUCGUUUCUCUCCUCUUGAGUCCCUGGCUUCUGGCCACUGCCUCCUCCCUCUUCUAAGCCUUGACCUGAACCUGGUUGACCAGAGACAAGUGUGGAUCCUUUGGGUGGCAGUCAGGGGAAAUCUCAGGGCCUUUAUUGGGAGGAAUCUCUGUAAUUCCUGUUUGGGCUCCAAAUUUUUAAACUAUAGCUUACAAAAUACAUUCUCUGGCCACAGUCUCUUCCUUGGUAUACAAGGGAUGGAUGAAGUUCCCGUAUUAGGACUGGCACUCCUUACGGUGCUUAUAGAACCAGUCUCACCACUUGACUCAUUACGUCAUCACUCUUGUUACAUCAUAUUUUUAGCUACAGCCACAUUAACUAACAUUUUUAUAUACUUUCAAUUAGCUGUACUAAUUGGGGCUUGAAAGUAUAUAAAAUCUUCCUAUCCUGUGGAUUUUAAAAAGCUAUCCCAUAUCGACUGCCAGAGAGCAUCUACCUUACCACCUAAGAAGAAAAGCCACUCUCUUCCAAUCCAAGCCCACUGCAGUCUUGUGGAUUUUCCACACAGCAGCUUUUCACUGUAUGCCUGUACUCGUGCUGCACUGAGCUUGUCAUCAGGAAACCAGAACAUUGCUUUAUCAUAGCACUUUUCAUCUUGGUAAUAUCAAAACAACUUUAUAAAUGAACUGAUUGAUAUAUGUUAUUUCUUGCAAGAUUUUCCUCUGGCCUUUAACUGGCUUCUGAGGCUACAGAACUCCAACCCAGAGUUCUUCAGGACUUAAAUUUUGCUUAAGGAAGGCCUUUAUCAUGCUGAAAGCACUCAGACAUGUCUGCCCUCACAGCAGAAUGUAGAAGUCAUAUGAAUGAGGGAUCAUACAUGGUAGUGUCAGCCCAAAUUGACAUGACAACUCACUGAAUGUGUGGCCCUGUAUAAAAGCUGGUGCCAGUUUUCAUCACUGUUAUUACAUAAUAGAUUGGGAACCUCAUUCAACUGUAUUGCACAGAUGAGCAAUUAUAGCAGAGAAAAUUCAUUAGUGCUUCCACUCAUAUCCUUAUGUGUGAGUUGGUGAAAUUUAGCCUGAGCUUGAUUCUUAGGUCUUGGGACUCAGUUUCCAACCUUCAUAUUAAUGCUAAGAAUGGCCAUAUACCACUUCAUUUACGUAAAAGGAAUAAAAUAAGCAAGUUAAGCUUCAGGGUCCUAGAAUUUUUCUGACUCCUAUAAUCCUUCGGCAGAAUAUGAAGAAAUAACAAAGCAUGAUCUGCAAUGGAAAGGUUUUUUUUUGGCACUAACUUCAUGCAAAAUUUCACAGACAUCUAUGCAUUAAUUUAAAUUCUUGGUGCAAAUGUGUGCUUUGUAGUUCAACCUUAUUAAAAAUUCUUCAGCCAGUUAGGAUUUCAAAAUACAUUAGUGAGAGUAACAGCUAGCAGAAUAAUUACAAUGGCUAAAACGUUUUUAUAGAGGAUCUUGUUUUUCAAAAAAGAAUAAAAAGUUUGAAUAGCUAUUAUUAAAGAAAAGCCAUGUCUUCAACAUCUGAGUCACCAAGAAGUAACACUUUUUAAACUUGUUAGAAAUCCCUGGAGGCAUUUUAAAUUCAUCUUCUAACCUACCUAAGCACUUUAAAAUACAGGCUCCUUCUGUUCCUCUGUUCCCCUUCAUGCCUCCUUUUGAAUUGAUAUCUCAGCUGUCAAUAUUUCUUUGACUUCAGCAUUGUCAUUUUAUUUCUCUAUAUCAAUGUAUCCUUAGUUUUGUUAGCCUGUUAAUUUAAAAGUCCAGACUUGGGGGUCAUUGUGUUGCUACCCAAGAGAAAAUGCUACAGUUCUAUAGAUUGCACAUCAUUCUUUAAGGCAUACAUUUACCUCAGGAAACUUACUCUAGUAUGUUCUCAUAUACUGAAUUCUCAACUGAAAAACUAUUUCUUUAUACCUAUAAACUAGUACCUAAUUCACUGUUAGUUAAACGAGCCAUAGAUAAGGCAGCUAAAUUUCAGAAAGAUAGCCAGAGUAAGUAAGCAGCCACUGCAAGCUCUGAAUCAGUUUCCAAAAAAAAGAAGGAAAAAAAAAAAAAAAAGGAGCUGCGCCCCAUAGAACAAUGACAGCAUCACAAGGGGAAGGGAGAGAUUUUGCCAAAAGUUAGAAAGGGUGGAGCUGUAAGCCAUGUGCAUGGUGCCUUUGACAGUGACAGUGCCCCCUUACAACUAAUUCCACUAGGCAUGGGAAUGUCACCUCCUUUGCCACUGUACCCCAUCAAGCUUACUCUGAAUCAAAGUUUUUGUAAAACUUGAAAAUGAACUUAGCUGCAAAAUAUAGCUAACCACCUUUCAUUGCAAGCUUUGCAAAGCAAAGAGAGGUUCGUACUUCUCAUAAUUGGUAUUUAGCACAAUUGUAAGACACAGUUUUACUGUUUGUUCAUUGUUUUUUUCCAUUAAACUUUUCUAGAGAAGACAAAAGCUUACACUUCUGACAUGGAUAAGUGAGAUGGUGUCUAACAAGCAGUGCAAUAUUAGGCGGUGCAAUAGAGGCCCUGUUGGCGAGAUGAGUUUUGCUGGAGAGCUGGACGGUGUUGGUUAGCUUCCUGCAUUGAUUGCCCCUGGGCAUUCUUCCCCCUUAACUGUGAAAGCAGAGUCUAUAAAUGAACUCUUUACUCUUACAAGGUAAUUUACAUAUUUUCUUUCUGUUGAAAUAACUGAAAAUGUUAAAUCUACCAGUUGUUUAUGUCUUGUAAACAGAGUGUCAUAUGUAUUUAAGUUGUGUAUUUUUAUAAAGUAAAGCCAGAUAUCAA